AAAAACAAAAAAGACGCAUUUCACCAAAACACAAGAAACCAGGUGUCCUCCUUUGCAAUUAAUCCACACUUUAGGGUUUCAAAAAUCUUCAACUUCCAUUGCUAUCGAGCUUCUUCUUCUUCUUCUUCUUCUUCUUCUUCUCUUCGAUUUCGUAGUUCAAAAUCCCUCGCUUUACUUUCUAAUCUCACUGAGAAUUUUGAACUUCGAAAUUUUAGGGCUUCGUUUUUCUCCCCUUAUCCGUCGACUCAUUUCCUUCGUUUUGCAACCUGGCCCUUGAUUUUGUUUCUUUUAUUUGGAUCCGUUCAUGGACGCUCGGGAUUCAUCUUCGUCCUCCGCCCCGAAUCGGGAUGCGUCCUCGUCGGCCGUUGAGGAUGACGGUGCUUUAUCCAUCACCGCCGCUCUUGCUAAGGAGGCUGCCUCGCUUUUCCAAUCGGGGAAGUAUGCUGGGUGUGUAGAGGUCUUGAACCAGCUGUUGCAGAAGAAAGAAGACGAUCCUAAGGUGCUUCAUAAUAUCGCCAUUGCCGAAUACUUGAGGGAUGGUUGUUCCAAUCCAAAGAAGUUGCUUGAAGUAUUAAACAAUGUCAAGAAGAGAAGUGAAAACCUUGCAGUUUCGUCUGGAGAACAAACAGAUGCUCUUAAUACUGAAAAUAAGAGUACUUUGGUUAAAGGAAAUAAUGUGUCUGCUCACCAGGCUCCUGCAAAUAAUGCCAAUCUUGUUUACAUGGAAGAGUUUGACGCCUCCAUUGCUAUCCUAAACAUCGCUAUCCUAUGGUUCAAUCUUCAUGAAUAUACAAAGGCGUUGGCAGUUCUUGAACCUUUAUAUCAAAAUAUUGAACCCAUAGAUGAGACAACAGCGCUUCAUAUUUGCUUCUUGCUGCUGGAUGUUGGACUAGCCUGCCGUGAUGCAUCAUUGUCUGCAGAUGUUCUACUUUAUCUGGAAAAAGCUUUUGGGGUCACCAGUACAAGUCAAAGUGAAAAUGGAAGUACAGGAGUACCACAAUCCACGAACGUGGUUGCAAAAUCUUCAUCUGUUCCUAACAAUGCUUCUGCCUUUGACUCUUCCAAUUCAGAUUUAGCUGCAAGUGUUAAUGCCUCGGAAAACCCUCUAUCAAGAACUUUGUCCGAAGAGACAUUUGAGUAUGAGUCCAUGUUAUCAACAUUGGAUAUUGGUGGACAGAAUCCUGCAACACAGACUGGUUUUCCAUCUUCAAAUGUUCUUUUAAGGAUCCCAGUUGACCGGUCUUUAUCUACAGUUGAUCUGAAGCUUAAAUUGCAACUUUAUAAGGUUCGAUUUCUUCUUCUCACUAGAAAUUUAAAGCAAGCGAAGCGUGAAGCAAAGCAUGCCAUGAACAUUGCUCGUGGGAUAGAUUCGUCCAUGGCUCUUCUCUUGAAGGCUGAACUUGAAUAUGCCCGUGGCAACCACCGUAAGGCCAUGAAGCUACUACUGGCAUCAAGUAACCGAACAGACUUGGGGAUUUCAAGCAUGUUAAACAACAACCUUGGCUGCAUAUAUAACCAACUUGGGAAGUAUCAUUCAUCAACAGUAUUCUUUUCCAAAGCAGUAUCUAAUAGUACAGCUCUCUGGAAGGAUAGAAAACCCACGACUGUUUCACAAGACAACUCUCUUCUUAUCAUCUAUAAUUGUGGUGUUCAGUACUUGGCUUGUGGAAAACCACUUCUUGCUGCUCGAUGCUUUCAAAAAGCCAGUUUGAUUUUCUAUAGCCGCCCUUUGUUGUGGCUCCGGCUUGCUGAAUGCUGCUUAAUGGCUUCAGAGAAGGGGCUUCUAAAGGACAACCUUGCAGAUUCUGAUAGAUCAGAUAUCAAGGUUCAUGUCGUUGGAAUGGGGAAAUGGAGGCAGCUUGUAUUGGAAGAUGGAGUUUCAAAAAAUGGACGUGCAAAUUCCUCUGGAAGAGAAGACGGGCAUUUCAGCAGUGAAGGACAACCUAAGCUUUCAAUUUCUCUUGCUCGGCAAUGUCUUUCUAAUGCCCUGUACUUGUUAAACCAUUCUGAGACAAGCUUUUUGCAUUCUGUCUUGUCCCCUAAUUCUUCUUUGGAGGAUAGAGAUUCGAAUGAAGUAGCAGCGCCAAGGAGAAAUUAUAAGAACUUACAUUGUAUUGAUUCGAAGGCCUCCUCAACUUUAGGCUCAAGUCAGAUAACUGCAAACGGUGAUGCAAAAGAACAAAAAGGUGCUACAAUUCAGGAACUUGUGCAAAACUCCCUCUCCUAUUAUGAUGAAAUUUCUAGGAGAGAGAACCUGUUGAUUAAGCAAGCACUUCUUGCUAACCUGGCUUAUGUGGAGUUGAAACUUGGAAACCCCUUGAGAGCCCUGACAAUUGCAAGGUCUCUUGUGGAGCUUCAAGAAAGUUCUAAAGUUUAUACAUUCUUAGGCCACGUUUAUGCUGCAGAGGCCCUUUGCUUGCUAAAUAGACCAAAAGAAGCUGCCGACCAUUUAUUAUACUAUUUAUCUGGAGGAGUCGAUUUCAAAUUGCCAUUCAGUCAGGAGGACUGUGAGCUAUGGCGAAUGGAUGGGACUGGUGAUCUUGAAGGGGCAAACGGCGGAUUGACAACUGCUAAUAAUUCAUCUCAGGAAGACCCUCAUCACAUCAACUUCUUAAGACCAGAGGAAGCACGGGCAGUCCUCCUCUCAAAUUUUGCCACUGUUUCGGCUUUGCAAGGAAAUUAUGAAGAGGCGAAACAGUUUGUAUCGGAAGCAUUAUCGAUUAUGCCAAACAGUCCAGAAGCCACUUUGACUGCAGUUUAUGUUGAUCUAGCUCUUGGUAAGUCACAGGAAGCUGUUGCGAAAUUAAAACAGUGUAGUUGUGUAAGGUUCCUCCCCAGUGGAUUGACAAUGAAAAGAUCUUCAUGAUUGUUAUAAGUAUAACCGGUGGCUUUGUAUUAAUGUCCUGCCCUCAUGUUAGUACUAGUCAAUGGGCUAGUCGGCUAGAUAGUAAUCUUUAGGAGGAACAUAUAAUAUAGCUCACGUCAGAAAAUAAAAUUGAUGUUCAAUUUUUUUUUCUUUUUAAUUUUGAUCCCUAGGGUUCAUUUGUAGUUGUGUAUCUGUUUUUUUGGUUAGUGGAGAUGCUAUCCUAUUGUUACCAUGAACGUUAAUAGAGCUUUUCUUGAGAAAGAAAUUGAAAAAAAAGAGAGUAUUUUUCUCUUCA